AUGGAACAUGCAGCGCCAGAGUCGUUCCCUCGGGAGAGGGAGACUUCAGAAGUUAUAGAACAUCCGCAGCAGGGGCAGCGGGAGAGGCACGAGCUGAAGCAGACAAGCUCUGCGGGCUUAGCCUCAAAUGUGCUGCGCAGUCAGCGAAGUGUCAAGUUUGAGGUUGGUGGAGACUUUGGCGAGAACAACGACAGCAGCAACGGCAGGAAAAGCAACGGCAUGAACAACGUGAACAGCAGAGAUGAUAAUGACCACUUACGGGCAGUCUCACCUGGAGAAUCGCAAGAGUGUGCUGGCCACGGAGAAGUGCCUGAGGCAAGCAAUUCAGCCUCCAGCAGCAACAGUAGCAACAGCACCGCAGCCAGUGCUGCUGCGGACAGUGCUCCAGACAUCCCCUUAUUGAGCCGUGCCACAACGCGUUACCAGCACAUUGGGUCUCGGGUGUACAUGGAGAAAAGCAAACCCAAUGAGAGAGCCCUGGGGGCUGUCCUCAAGGCAUUGGAGUCCUCAGCUUUUUCAAAGAAGUCCUCAAAAGCAGAAGUAGCUGAGAGGAAAUCUCCCGUUGCGUCAACGCAAGCUCCUUCAAGGGACUUGAGUGGAUUCUACCAGAAGCUUUUGGGGGAAGACUGGGAAGAGCAGUUGCAGCAAAUUGACUCGCAAGAAGUUGAAGACGUGUUCGCGCGUGACAGUGCCAGCCAUCGUGACAACGGCGAUAUCUCGGGCUUCAUCCCGACGACCGAAAAUUAUCAUGGGAAGUUUCGACAGAGAAUCAGGAGAAGGGAACACCACCGUAACCAGGACAUCAGCGACCAGGUUGCGGAUGACCUUCAAGUGGCCGAUGACGAGCCGCUGAUCUCAGCGGAUGAGAUAGCAGAGAUAAGAGACAGUGCUUGGCGGCCUGCGGGUGAGGCCGUUCCUCCGUUGAGCAGCUUGAGUUUGGGAUACCAUCAGGCGUGGGACGUAGGCAAGCGAGGGUGCCUUGCAGCCAAGCUGGAUGUCAUUUGGACUCCGGCGAUCGUCGCCAACAGGCUUCGCUUCUUUGUCAUGGACGGAACAGAUCCAGAUUCGUUUCUCACUUAUUACAGCAAGUCAGACCUGCAGGCGGCUCGGGGGCUGGCGUCAGAGAAAUUGGGGUCUAUCAGCGCCUGGGACUUGCGAGACGGCCACUGGACCUAUUCCAAGGCCAAAGUUUUUAUUAAGAGGUCCGACAAGAAGAACAGAGAUUGCGUUUUGGAGAACUUCGCGGCAGAUUUCUACGAUGCCAUGCUUAUCUGCCUCUGGGAGAUGGAGACACAAGCGAAGAUAGAGCAACUGAAGUACCAGCGGAGACAGGAGCGCUCGCGAAACCGUUUGUCUGCCCUUAGUCCCCUUCCAGCAGUAGCCGGCCGUUCCGGAGGCCGUUUAUCGGCCUCAGUUGUUUCGUACAAGCCAGGGAGCCAUGUGCCGGCCUCGCGUCAAAAAGAGGCAGCGAUGCCCGUUGAGCUUGGUUCCAAGAGCGUCAAGGGACACCGAAGGCCCCGCAAGUCUAUCGUCAUGAACCUUACGCGAGAAAUACGCAACAUUAGCCAGAGAGUGGGUCCCCUACAAUGGGUGCAGGAGAGGCUCAAGAGACAAAGAGGUCGAAUUAAGCCCGCAAACACCGUUCCUGCUGCUGCCUCUAGUGGACUCAUUGGUGACACACACGAAACAGUCCACUCUGCAGCGCCUUCUGCAGCAGCAGCCACAAUAGCAGCAACGGAGUCGAGAACAGCAUAA